AGAGCUUGAAGUCCAUAAGGAGAAGGCGUAAGUGGUUCGAUCCGAUCUGUGAGGAGUUGAGGAGUGAGGCACGUGCCUAGUAUCGAAACGGCAGUCGGCACGCUGCCCAGUGUUUUGAACCUGUCCGAAGGCCGGACAGCUAGCCCGAGGAUGUUUGUAACCUUCCGUAGAUAAACAAAUUUACUUUUCACUCUGGAUUUCUCAUUAAAGUUUACGCCGUUUUUUUUUCUUUUGUCAGAGUCGAUCGCCCGACUGGCGAUAAAUGGUAGCGGGCUGGCCGGCGAAAGGCCAGGGAUGAAGUUUUCAACUUCCUCGUAACGCGGUUCCGUCUACACAGUUCGCUCGUCGCAGAGUACCAGCAGAAUGUCGACGGCGGCACCUUCCCAGUUCGUCAACGGGCUCAAGUCGAGGAGCGCCGAAGUGAGGGCGAAAGCGGCCAAAGAUCUCUACAAAUAUGUUAAGACUGAACUUCGUGAGCUCUCUUCAGAAGAGCUUGCUGCCUUUAUGGAUGAAUUCACAAACAAACAUAUUUAUGAAAUGGUCUCCAGUCAGGAUGUCAAUGAAAAUAAAGGAGGAAUUUUAGCUAUAAUGUGUCUCAUAAGCUCUGACACCGAUGCCGAGAAUAUCAAUAGUAGGACGGCAAGGAAUAACAAGUAUACGCAGUAUCUGCGUUACCUCUUACCUUCACAGGAUAAUGGCGUGAUGGAGCUCACUGCAAAAGCCAUCGGGAAGCUAGCUCUAGUCUCAGGUGCAAGAUCUGAAUUUUUUGUCAAAUUUGAGAUAGAAAAGGCAAAAGAAUGGCUCAAUGGAGAAAGGCAUGAAGGAAAGCGGCAUGCUGCGGUAUUAAUUUUAAGGGAAUUGGCAGUUUGUGCACCAACGUAUUUUUUUCAACAAGUGCAGUCUGUUUUUGAACCUGUUCUGCGUACUAUACGUGAUCCAAAACCGGCUAUCCGUGAAAGUGCUGUGGAAGCUCUUAGAGCAGCUUUAGUCGUCACCGCUCAAAGAGAAACCACAAAGCAAAUGCAAAAACCACAUUGGUAUAAGCAGUGCUAUGAAGAAGCAAAAAUGGGUUUUGAUGAGGUUUAUUCAAGGGAAAAAGUCAACAGGGAUGAUAAAAUCCAUGGUUCUCUUCUUGUCUUAAAUGAACUCUUGAGAUGUAGCAAUACAGAAUGGGAACACAUUUUUCAUAAUAUAAGUGCUUAUAUCCAUUCUCCUCCACAGCAACAGGAUAAUUUAAAUUUCUUACCUAAGAUAAAACUUCCUUUAUUUUCGAACAAAUCCCGCCAAACAUCACCUUCAGAGCUAGUAGUCAAGCCGUUAUCUACAAUGGAGCCGAUAUACGAAAGUGCAGCGUGUAAAAGUUUAAUUACUGAAAAUUUUGAUGACAUUUGUUCUUUAGUUCUUACACAAAGAGUAUCAAGGAGUCCACAUAUUCAUAACACGCUUUUAACAAUUUUGCCACGGCUAGCUGCUUUCAAUAAAGACAAGUUUGUUAAAAUGCAUUUACAAGCGGUUAUAGUCUACUUGCUUACUACAAUUAGAUCAAAGGAAAGAGAUAGGUCUUCUGCUUUCACCACACUCGGGUUCAUUGCUGUUGCGGUCGAAAAGAACAUAAUUUCUCAUCUUCCAAAAAUUAUGGAAGCUAUAAAAAAUUCACUGCCGAGCCGUGAGGCGACAAGCGGAAGAAAGAGGUUGGAACCCGCACUCUUCGGGUGUAUAACUCUCUUGGGACAUGCAGUAGACGUUGCCAUCAAAGAUGACAUCAAACAACUACUUCCGGCAAUGUUUGCCUCCGGUUUAAGCCCAGCUUUGACAACUGCACUCAGAGAACUGGCUAAAACCAUCCCUCAGUUGAAACGACAGAUUUCAGAAGGAUUAUUAGGAAUGUUGUCACAAGUAGUGAUGAACACUGAGCUUAGACAUCCAGGCCAACCGCUGAGUGUGACAGGCUCUGUCACCCCUGCUCCAGUCCCACAUGACGUCUCUAGUGUUGUUUUAGCCUUGAGGACACUAGGAACUUUUAAUUUUGACGGGCAUUCUCUUCUUCAGUUUGUUAAAAAAUGUUCUGAAGAUUUGUUAUACAAUGAACAACAGGAAAUUCGACUGGAAGCUGUCUGUACUUGUGUUCGACUGUUAAAAUUAGCAAUUGAAAGUACUUCAGCAAAACCUUCACCAACUGUCACCCAAACGGUGUCUGAUGUUCUGUCCAAAUUAUUGGAUGUAGCCAUAACUGAUGUCGAUGCUGAUGUCAGAUAUUGGGUAUUGGCUUCAUUAGACAAUACCUUUGACCUUCAUUUAGGACAAGCAGAAAGCUUAAGCAAACUAUUUGUUGCAAUGAAUGAUGAAGUUUUUGACAUCAGGGAACUUGCAGUGUGUACCAUUGGUAGGUUGACUUCUGUAAACCCAGCGUACACUAUGCCAUCUCUUAGAAAGGCCUUAAUUCAGUUAAUAACAGAGUUGGAGCAUAGUGGUAUGAGCAGAAAUAAAGAACAGAGUGCAAGGAUGUUGGACCAUUUAGUAUUAAAUGCGCCUCGAUUGAUCCAGCAUUACAUUCAGCCGAUUCUUCGAGUUUUGGUGCCAAAGCUGAAGGAGCCUGAACCCAAUCCUAUCGUCAUUAUAAAUAUCCUAAAAGUCAUAGGAGAUCUAGCAGAGGUGAACGGUAAUGAAAUGGUAAGGUGGAGGGAAGGGCUUGCCCACACCCUUCUUGAUCUGGUUAGCGAUGUUAGCUUUCCUGAGAAACGAGGUGUGGCGCUUUGGACACUGGGACAAAUAGUUGGAGCGACUGGGUUUGUCGUCGAACCUUACAGUAAAUAUCCAACCCUUUUGGACACCCUUAUUAACUUUCUGAAGACAGAACAGCAACCAGAGAUAAGGCGGGAAACUAUUAGAGUGUUGGGACUGUUAGGGGCUUUAGACACGUUUAAACAUAAAAUGAAUCAUGGUCAAGUGGACACGCAGAUGAAUUCUACAGCUUUGUUAUCCAUGACUGACGGAAAAUCUGAAGUUGAAUCAAGUCACGAACUUACUACAAGUGAAAUGUUGGUAAAUAUGAGUUCGUCAACGCUAGAAGAAUAUUAUCCUGCUAUAGCGAUAGCCACACUCAUGAGAAUUAUAAGAGACCCAGCUUUAUCUCGGCAUCAUUUAACAGUUGUGCAAGCAGUGACGUUUAUAUUCCAAUCGCUUGGAAUUAAAUGUGUACCUUACAUACCUCAAGUGAUUCCAAGUUUUAUAAACGUGAUAAGGACGGCAGAAUCCAGUUUCAGGGAGUUUUUACUUCAACAGCUUGCGACAUUAAUUGCCAUAGUCAAACAGCACAUUCGAAACUAUCUCGAUGAAAUUUUCAAAUUGAUUAAGGAGUUUUGGACUGUAAAUAGCCCGCUACAAAGCACUCUGAUAUUUUUAGUGGAACAUAUUGCCGUAGCAUUGGGGGCCGAGUUUAAAGUUUAUUUACCACUUCUGAUGCCACAGAUUCUUAAAGUACUCUCCCAUGAUUCUAGUAAAGAUAGGACAGUGACUGUGAAACUUCUCAAGGCGUUACAAAAAUUUGGAAACAAUUUAGAUGAAUAUAUGCAUCUUGUACUGCCACCAAUAGUUAAGCUGUUUAAUGCAGUCGAAUAUCCAAUGGCAACAGCCAAAGAGGCGAUUGAAACUAUCGAUCAUCUUUCCGAUACCCUCGACUUCACAGAUUAUGCUUCACGGAUCAUCCAUCCAUUAGUUCGUAGUAUGGAUCAAACGCCUGAAUUGUGCAGCACUGUAAUGGACACGCUAUGCUCAUUAAUAGUACAGUUUGGAAAGAAAUUUAAAAUUUUUAUCCCCCUUGUUAAAAAAGUCAUGAACAAACAUAGGAUUUUAUGUCAUAACUAUGAUGUGCUUGUUACUAAUAUUUCAUCCAACAAUGCAACAAUAGCAGAACUUGAUUAUUUAUCAAUAAAACAUAGGAUGUCAAGAAAUAAGACUAAGGAAAUAUCAUUAGCCUCAGAUCAUAUAACAAUUAAAAGGGUGUUCACAUCAGCCCCAUCUUUACAGCUGGCAUGGACAGCUACCAGAAGGGUUUCAAAAGAUGAUUGGUUGGAGUGGCUGAAAGGUCUUAGCAUAGAAUUUUUGAAAUUUUCAUCUUCGCCUGCAUUAAGAUCCUGUGGUGCGUUGGCUGAAACCUACACUCAGUUGCCAAGAGACUUGUUUAAUGCUGCCUUUGUUUCGUGUUGGACUGAUUUAAGCGAGCCUCUCCAGCAAGAAUUAAUCAGAACUCUAGAACAAGCUUUAGAGGUGCCAGAUCUGCCUGAAAUUAUUCAAACCAUCUUGAAUUUAGCCGAAUUUAUGGAACAUUGUGAUAAAGGACCUCUACCUCUUAAUGCUCAACUUUUGGGUGAAAAGGCUAUGCAAUGCAGGGCAUAUGCAAAAGCUUUACAUUAUAAAGAAGAAGAGUUCCACAAGGGCCCGACCUCACAGGUAGUUGAAGCGCUUAUUUCAAUAAAUAACAAAUUGCAACAAAGAGAAGCUGCCAUGGGUCUUCUUGAGUACGCUAUGACCCAUGAAUGUGAACAUCUAAAAGUUGAAGAACGCUGGUACGAAAAAUUGCACAACUGGGAAAAAGCUUUAGAUGCAUAUGAAGAAAAGCUUCAAGAAAACCCGCACGAUAUAGAACUUGCUUUAGGGCAAAUGCGUUGCAUGGAAGCUCUUGGAGAUUGGGACCAGCUUCACUCUGUUGCGAGUGUACAUUGGAAUCAGAUAGGUGAAGCAGGAAGGGAAAGGAUGUCAAGGAUGGCAGCGGCGGCAGCUUGGGGUUUGGAACAGUGGGAUAGUGUCGAACAAUACGUCUCGUGUAUUCCUAAGGACACCACUGAUGGCUCCUUUUAUCGAGCAGUGUUGGCAAUUCAUAAACAGCAGUACACUACAGCUCAGCAGCUUAUAGACACUGCUAGAGAUAUGCUUGAUACUGAGUUGACAUCGAUGGCAGGAGAAAGUUACCAGCGAGCCUACCCUGCGAUGGUGUCUGUACAGAUGCUGGCAGAAUUGGAAGAAGUCAUCCAAUACAAGCUAGUUCCUCAAAGACAACCAAUGAUAAGGAGCAUGUGGUGGAGAAGACUACAAGGAUGCCAAAGAAUAGUUGAAGAUUGGCAGCGAAUAAUUCAAGUUAGGACGUUGGUGGUGAGCCCACAAGAGGAUAUGUACACCUGGCUUAAGUACGCCUCUUUGUGCAGAAAAUCUGGAAGACUUAAAUUGUCACACAAAACUCUUGUGAUGUUGAUGGGCUUUGACCCAACUUCCAAUGGGGAUCAGCAACUUCCUACAACUUAUCCGCAAGUGACAUAUGCUUACACUAAGCAUCUUUGGACUUCUGGAGAGAAAGACAAAGCUUUCAGCCAGCUUAACACUUUUAUCCAAGCUGCACAACAGCAACCCAUCAUGCAGUUAUCAGGCCCUGACGAUUUUAAGCAACAAGACUUGAGGAGAAGACUACUUGCAAGGUGUUAUAUGAAAUUGGGUUCAUGGCAAGAACAACUUCAAGGCAUAAACGAACAGUCGAUACCUGCCAUACUUCAGUGUUACAUGUCGGCGAAACAGCACGAUGAUACUUGGUACAAAGCUUGGCAUGCAUGGGCUUAUAUGAACUUCCAAACUGUAUUAUUCUACAAAAAUCAGCAAAUGCAGCAUUUGAAUGAAGAACAAAAAGCACAACAUGUAUCGCAGUUUACAGUACCAGCAGUCGAAGGAUUUUUCAAAUCAAUUGCUUUAUCCCAUGGAAGUUCUCUUCAAGAUACAUUACGGUUACUUACAUUGUGGUUUGAUUAUGGACAAUGGCCUCAAGUGUAUGAAGCAAUAGUUGAGGGAAUUAGAACAAUUGAAAUCAACACAUGGUUACAGGUCAUUCCUCAACUGAUUGCUAGAAUAGACACUGUUCGUACCUUUGUCGGUCGAUUGGUACAUCGCCUUUUGAUUGAUAUUGGUAAACAGCAUCCACAAGCUCUUGUUUACCCUUUGACGGUCGCAAGUAAAUCUGCCAGCUUACCUCGACGUUUUGCCGCAAAUAAGAUUUUGAAAAGUAUGCGGGAGCACAGUCCAAAUUUAGUUCAACAAGCAGUGAUGGUAAGCGAUGAGCUUAUCAGAGUUGCUAUACUGUGGCACGAGUUGUGGCAUGAAGGUCUGGAAGAAGCGAGCAGACUUUAUUUUGGGGAGCAAAACGUCAAAGGGAUGUUUGAAACAUUGGAGCCACUCCAUGCAAUGUUAGAAAGAGGCCCUCAGACAUUAAAAGAAACAUCGUUCAAUCAAGCAUAUGGGGCAGAUCUUGGUGAGGCUAUGGAAUGGUGCCAUCAGUACAAGAUAUCAGGGAAUGUCAGAGAUCUGAAUCAGGCCUGGGAUCUUUACUAUCACGUGUUUAGAAGGAUAACUCGUCAACUGCCUCAGUUGACGUCUUUGGAACUGCAUUAUGUCUCGCCAAGGCUGUUACUUUGUAGAGAUUUGGAACUCGCAGUUCCUGGCUCUUAUGUUCCUAAUCAGCCCAUUGUACGAAUCGCUUAUAUUAACAGUUCGUUGCAAGUUAUAACUUCUAAACAACGUCCAAGAAAACUUUGCAUCAAAGGAAGUAAUGGAAACGACUAUAUGUUUUUAUUGAAAGGACAUGAAGAUUUACGACAAGACGAAAGAGUAAUGCAGUUAUUUGGUCUUGUCAAUACUUUAUUGUUAAAUGACCCUGAUACUGCUAGGCAAAAUUUGACUAUUCAGAGAUAUGCUGUGAUACCUUUGUCCACAAAUUCCGGUUUGAUUGGGUGGGUUCCUCAUUGUGAUACGUUACAUACUUUGAUAAGAGAUUAUAGAGAAAAAAAGAAAAUUUUGUUGAACAUAGAGCAUAGGAUUAUGACAAGGAUGGCUCCCGAUUAUGAGCAUUUGACAUUGAUGCAGAAAGUUGAAGUAUUUGAACACGCUCUAGAACACACGCAAGGCGAUGAUUUGGCCAGGCUCUUAUGGCUUAAAUCGCCUUCGUCAGAAGUUUGGUUCGACAGGAGGACAAACUAUACAAGAUCGCUUGCAGUAAUGUCUAUGGUCGGUUAUAUAUUAGGAUUAGGUGAUAGGCAUCCCUCUAACCUAAUGUUAGACAGACUCAGUGGAAAAAUAUUGCAUAUUGAUUUUGGAGAUUGUUUCGAGGUUGCAAUGAACAGAGAGAAAUUCCCCGAAAAAAUUCCAUUCCGGUUAACUAGGAUGCUUGUCAAUGCAAUGGAGGUGACCGGGAUUGAUGGCACAUACACAAGAACUUGCGAGAGUGUAAUGACCGUUCUUCAUAGGAAUAAAGAUAGUUUAAUGGCUGUACUGGAAGCGUUUGUUUAUGAUCCUUUGUUGAACUGGAGGCUUAUUGAAAACAAUGCUAAUUGCAGUAAAGCCAAAAGGGCUCAAGCAGGAUCGAACCAUUCUCAAGACCCACUCACUGAACUUCACGACAGUUUGUCGACGAUGAUGACAAACAAACCUGCGAUCCCGAGCAGCGUAGAAAAUAUAGGAGAUGGUUCCCAACCAGAAAAUACAAAUAAAAAAGCUCUAGCUAUCGUUACAAGAGUAAAGGAAAAGUUAACAGGGCGUGAUUUUGCACAUGAAGAAAGUCUGACUGUAAAUCGCCAAGUUGAACUUUUAAUACAUCAGGCAACAUCUAAUGAAAAUUUAUGCCAGUGUUACAUCGGUUGGUGCCCGUUUUGGUAGCAGCGUUUUGUACACAUCAGCUGUUUUUCAAGUUCAAUGUUUUGUAUAUUUUUUAGUUUAACUUUUAAGUUAUUUUUAUUUUAAUGUGAAUUGUUAUAUAAUUUUUAGUAAAUAAAAUAAGUUUUAAUAAUUCUCAUUGUAAAUUUACCAUUACUUUUGGAAAUAAAGGUUUAAUUUGCGUUUUAUAAAUUGUCAGUUUUAUGAGCUAUUUUGCAAUUGAUAGAAUGAAUUGUACAUAACAGUUUUUACGUUUUUUUUUCGGGCUUUUAAAAUGAUGAGAUGAAAUAUUUAUGAUUCGAUAUUCCUUUUAUUUCCGGGCUUUUUUCCUUGAAAAACAAAAACCCCUUAAGGUAUAAAAUUAGAGAAGAAAAAGUAGAAAUGUAUAAAUAACAGGUAUUAUUUGUUAAAAUAUUAUAAUAGAAUAAUUAUAUUGUACAUUUGUUAAAUGAAAGUUCAAUAAAUAGCAUUAAAUUUGCUAAGAACA